AUGAAGCUUCUUAUUUUAAUUGUUAUAACCCUUAUCAUUUUACUUCAAUUUGUAUAUGAAGUAAAUACUCAAGCACCUAAAGAUGCUCCACUUCCUCCGCAACCACCGCCAGAAGAUGCUUCAUCAAUAGGAGUUUUAGCUGAAUCUCCUACACCAGCAAUACCACCAUUAACAAAAAUAAAUACUUUAUCCACAUUAACACCAAUUUCGACUGGAAAAUUAUUACCAUCAUCAGGAUCACGAACAUCAUCAGUAAAUUCAUCAAAUCCUUCAGAAAGUGGUAACUCUAUAGCUGCUUCAAUUAUUGGAGGGACAGUUAGUAAUUUAAUUUUAAUUUUCAUAGUUGGUUUAUACUACUUUUUAGUGAGAAUGUAUAAAGAUAAAAAAGAAAAUUCUAAAGCAAUUGCAACCCCUGGACUGAAUAAUAACGAAAAUAUUAUUUCAAAUCCUGGAAUAACGAAUAAUGGAUUAUAUAAUAAUGAACCAAUCCCUACAGAAUUAAUAAUUUCGAAUUAUGGACAAGAAUUUGUAUCAAAUUCACCAAAUUAUAAUAAUAAUCAACGAGGGAUAACACGUGAAUUAGGAAACAACUCAACAAAUAAUGAAAUUAUUCAAAAUAUCAGACAAGGAAAAUUAUCAUCAUUUAAUAUAGAUGAAGUUAUUAUAGAUCAAAUUAAACAAGAUAUUCUACAAGAUAUUAAACAAGAAUUAAAACAAAAUAUAAAAUCAGAAGUAAUGACAUCAUUUGUUAGAGAUAAUAAUGUCGAAGAUGAUAGUAGUAGUAGCGCUAUAGAUUCUAAUCAUGGAAAUAAAGCCAAUUCUUGA